UUUUACAACUUUAACAAGCUCUUUUGAGCAAAUUAAAUAACUAAAAUGAAUAUACGCUCUUUUUCUUUACUUGCUUUUCCAAACAUAUGAUGAUUAUGAAAUAUUUUAUUAAGUGUGUAUCAAACCUUGCUCUUCUAUAAAUAUAAGACAGCACGUCUAUCUUCUUGUUGCAAGCAAAAGAAAGAAAGCAAAAGAAAGAAAGAGAGAGAAUGGGAAAGCUAAUGGCAAAGAGGUUUUGCAUUGGGUUUGGGUGUGGAAGAAGUGGGACAAGCAAUAGCAACAACAAGAGGUCAUCAUCAUCAUUAUCUUCUUCUUCGUCGUCAUCAUUAUCAUGUAACAAUAACAACAUAAAAUGGGAGAUGAGGCCUGGAGGGAUGCUGGUUCAGAAGAGAUCAGAAGAUUCCAACACUGAAGAUUUAAUCAGCCUUAAAGUCUCCACUGUUUCUCAGCUUUCAUAUGAAAUCUCCAUUGAUGCAAACUCCACUUUUGGUGAAUUGAAGAUGAUGAUAGCAAUAGUGAGUGGAAUUGAGCCAAUAGAGCAGAGACUCUUGUUCAAAGGGAAGGAAAGAGAAGACAGAGAAUACUUGCACAUGAUAGGUGUUGGGGAUGGGGACAAAGUCUUUUUAUUACAAGAUCCUGCUUUUAAGGAGUUGAAACUUCUUCGUUUUUCUUCACCUCCCAAUUACUGCCGAAUUUGAUUCCUUACUUUAAUAAUUGAUUAAUCAGUCAAUCGAUUAAUUAGCUCUAAUCUAUUUGAAACACUCUCUAUAAGAGAAAUGCGAUAAGUUCUUUGUAGGAGUAUUAUGUUUGUUUGUAAUUUGUUGUAUUGUCUCACAUUUGUUAGGUUUUGAAUUGAGUGAUUAAUUAUAUGUUUGAAGAUCAUAGUUUCUGAGUGCAGAAGUAGUAUUUGCAUACACGAUACUAUUAUAGUUUUCAGUUUUAGAAAUGUGGAAGGCUUUGCAUGUGAUGUAAUAUUUUCUGUUUACGUAAACACGUAUUGUAUUCCAUGGAAGACAAAUAUAUACUAUUACAAAAUAAUUGAUGUUAAGGUUGAAAUGA